AUGAAAACCUGUUUCAGGAUCUUGACUGUUAUGGAGCUGCAAUACACUGGUCUGAAUGAGGUUCGUCCUGCAGUGUAUCGUGCUGCACUGAAGCUCCGCUCAUUACAAAAACAGUGUCAAAUGCACCUGGUGACACUGCAGCAUCUGCGUCCAGUUUUAAAUACUCUAAACAGAUCUGGAGAUGCAAUGGUUAGACUUUCUCAGGAGGAUGUACAACAGAGUCUUCAACAGUUAUUUCAGAACACUUCAGAGGAACUGUCUGGUCAAGCUGUACGGGAAGCCACAGAUCAAACCACCAGACUCCUCUUUAAGCUGUUUGACAGAGAGCAGACUGGUGUUAUCCUGCUCCGGUCAGUGGAGGCGGCAUUGAUCGCUCUUUCUGGAGACACUCUUACAGCUAAACAUAGAGGUCUGUACAAUGUUUACUUACACAAUGAUUACAUUGGGAAUCAGGAUAGUGACAGUGGCAGUGUCAGUCGAACUGGACUCAGAGUCUUGCUGGAUGACCUAAGUCAGGUUCCAGCAGCGGUUCAAGAGAACCAUGUGUUUGGUCAUGUUGAUACUGCGGUGGCCUCCUGUUUUAAUGGGGUAAUCAAUGCAAGUGUGACGGAAGAACAUUUUCUCAACUGGCUACAGUCAGAACCUCGUCUGUUGUUGUGGCUCUCCACUCUUUACAGACUCUCAGUGAGUGAGACUGUACAUCAUAGAGUUCGCUGUCACACAUGUAAAGCAUUUCCCAUCACUGGCCUCAGGUAUCGCUGUCUGAAGUGUCUGAACACACAUCUCUGUCAAAGCUGCUUUUUAACUGAGAGAGGCAGCAAGAAGCACAAACCUUCCCAUCCCGUACUGGAAUUCUGCACACAGCCGUCAUGGAAAGAGUCAGUAACAUCACUGGCCUCCAGUGCUCGACGCGCUUUGAUUCCUCGACAUCACACCCGGAGAGAUGCAGAGAGGACACAGAGAGCUCUGAGAGCAGGUUCCAGCGCUGAGCUGCAAUACAUUGCACCUGCUUCAGUUCAGCAGCCAGUAGAAGCUCCAGACACACUUGGUGGAUCUGAAUCAGGUGUGACUGCUGCCCCUGUUGUGCUAUCAGUCGAGUCUAAAAGUCUGCAGACUGAAGACACAGAGACAGUUCAGGUAUCCUACCUCCAUCAUCUCAGAAAAGAAACGGCUAUUUUUCAAAAAGACCUCAGUGUUACCCAGAAAGCCAUGAGAGAGAUGCAGAGAGACAAGUGGCUCCUGGAGAAAGAGUUUCAGGUAUGGAGAGUUGCGGCGCAGUCAGAGCAUGAUUCACUGGAGGACAAAUGCACCGAGUUGAAGACCAUGAUGGACGCGCUGAGCCAACAUAACCAACAUCUGGAGGAUGAACUAGACAGAGUCAGACAUGUGUUGAGUCUGAGGGACCGAAAUGAUCUCACAAUCAAUUUGGAUUCUCAUGUAAAUCUUCCUCAACAAGAUCAUGACGCCAUUAGUGAGAAUGAAUUUACCCCACCUUGUGACAUCUCCAGUGAAAAGGAAGAGCUUGUGGAUGAGAGAAAUGGCUAUCGGGAACAAGUAAUAGAUCUGGGAAGUAAAGAAGUGAAGCAGGGGACUGUUUAUGAGGUAUCAGAAGACAUCUGCACAAAUCUGGAUGACACAGACAGCGUCUUCAUGCAAGAACUCCAUACAGUUACUGAGGAGGUAGAGGGGCUAGAGGAGGAAGAGGAGGAGCUGUUUCAUGAACGACAGGAUCUUUCUGUUCAUCAGCCGGGCAUCUAUGUUUUUGCACAGAAAGAACAUUCUGUCUCAGAUGACUCAGACACAGAAGAGGAACUCUGUGAGCUUGUACAGCGACUGAGAAAUGAGCUCUCUUUCUGCGCACCCACAGGAUCUGUCUGUGUGGAGAAAGAGAUGCUGAUGAUGGCAGCAGAGGGAAUCAGAGACUCUGUUUCUCAUCUAGUUGCCUCAGUUUCGGAUAGCUUGGCAUAA